CUCUUUGAGAUUCAAAGUUUUUGUUUUUUUUUUCGUUGCUUAAAACGGAGAGACACCCUCUCCUUUAAUUUAGUUUUGAUCCUUCUGGGUUCCUCGAAAAAAAAAACAAUUCCAAUCGUUCUUCUUCGUACGUUCAAGAAUCCAUACGAGGACGAGAUCUUCUUAACGUCUUUGAUCUUAGGAAAUAAUUCAGAUUAAUUUGGUCGAAGAUGUUGGGAGAUUUCAUCAUCAGACUCCUUGUAUUAAUAUUAGGGUACACAUACCCAGCAUUCGAAUGCUAUAAAACGGUGGAGAAGAACAAAGUUGAUAUCGAGGAACUCAGAUUUUGGUGCCAAUACUGGAUAUUGUUGGCGCUAAUUUCAUCAUUUGAGAGGGUUGGCGAUAUAUUUAUCUCAUGGUUACCGUUGUACGGAGAAAUGAAAGUGCUCUUCUUCGUAUAUCUCUGGUACCCCAAAACAAAGGGAACGAGACAUGUGUAUGAAACAUUGUUGAAGCCAUACAUAGCUCAACACGAGACAGAAAUUGACAGAAAGAUUAUGGAGUUGCGAGCUCGAGCUUGGGAUUUCUUCAUCUUCUACUUCCAUAACUUUGCUCAGGCUGGUCAAUCCACCUUGAUCCAGGCUUUUCAGUACGUACUUGCCCAAUCGGUUCGGUUCUCUGCUGCAGCUAACCAACCGCCAAUGGAACCGAACGUGAACGUGAAAACGAGAUCAUCGGUAGAGACAGACAGUGAACCGCAAUCACCACCAGCUCCAAGACCGUUGAACAAAUCGCUAUCUGCGUUGCGAUCGUUGGAGAAGCAAUCUAGCAGAGGGAGGAAGUGGCCACCACCUACACCACCACCAACACCAGGCCGAGACUCAGCCGGAACAUUCAACGGAGAAGAAGGAGUCAACAUUCCCGAUUCAUUUCCGGGAUCGCCCAUCACCGACGCUCGAGCUAAGCUUCGUCGUUCUACCUCCAGACCUCAGGCCGCAGCAUAGUAACGUACAUAAACGUGACUCGCGAUAACCCUUUCUAAUUUGUUUAAAGAUAUAUAGGGAAAGAAACAAAAAAAAAAGUGAAAGUUUUGAAAUGUUAUAAAAACAAAACAGAUUGAAUUUUUUUUUUCUUGUGAUUUUGUAAAUUGAAGCAGAAGUAUAAAUACAGCGAGAAUAUUUGUAUUUGUUUUCGCAAGGUGUUCAAUUUAU